AUUCUUCUGUGGCUUUAAACAGCAAGGACAAAGAUAAAAUGGACGAGAUUUAUUGGACUAAUAUUGAUUUCAUUAAUGCCAACGUGCAAGCUGGAAAGUCCUAUGUCAUUUCUAAGACAUCAACUGAAAAGGCAUCCAUUGAAUUUGCUGAAGAAACUGGAUUGGAUCUUGUGACUGUAGUAAACCCUUCUUUAGUAGUCUUUUCCUUUUUCUGCCCUUUAUCUUCUGCUCCAGUGCGAAUGAUGCUGGCUUUGGUCUCAGAGUGAGAGAUCGCGGUCGAGUUUCUAGCUUUCGUAGCAUGUCACAAUGAAAACGUGACAUGCUUUGUCUUCGCUGCAAUCAAGGCAAAAUCUUAAAUUCAAAAGCAGAGUUUGAGUGUGUGAUUUAAUUUGGAGGUACACAUGAA